GAACAAACUACCCGAGUGAAGAACUUCCCUCAACAUGGCGACAUCGCCUCCAGCAAGGCCUCUCAUCAAGGGUCCACUACGAGCGCCGCAACAGUCCCCGAUGGCCGCCUCGUACACUACGACAUCCCAGAUGAAGAGUGAAGUUGACGUCCAUUUGCCCGGGAGCAACCGAGUGGUGUAUCAAGAAAUCUCCCUCACAACAGUUCCACACCCAUUCGUAAACCCUGGCGAUGCCUUCUCGCAGUUGAAGGCCUUGAAGGGGGAACGCAGCAAGUCCUGAAGCCACCCCAGGAAAUCUGCGCUGCCUCCCACUUGGAACUCCGACCUGUGCAGUUCGCUUGAGUGACACCCCAACCUUUUCCUCCCCAGCCGAACCCGGAAGCGCGGGGGGUGUCGCCACACGUGGCACAAGGCCUGGGGUAGACUGAAGCUUCACAUGGCGACCCUGCCAACAAUUCCGCUCGCUGUCGCCUGUUUCCCCAUUAGCUCUACGACGUUCCUCAAGGGCCGCCGUUUCAGCAUGCAUUCGAGGCACUGAAUUAUAGACUGCACACAGGGCUCUGCUUCUAUUAGCGGCGCAUCGCGUCGUCCGAACCUGCUCCGCAUCUAGAGAGUGAAAAAGACGCCUUUCACAGGAGCAUCAGCA